UCCGCAAACUUAGCCGAGUUAUGAAUUUUGGGGUUGUUGUUGUUUUUCCCCUCAGCUGAGGGUGGACCGGACCUGCUCGGCUCGGCUGAGCUGGUGCUCUUUAUUAUGUCUCUCUUCUUUCUUUCUUUAAUUUAUUUUAAAUGUAGACAGAUAAAGAAGCUACAGGGAUGUCGAUGAUUUUAUUAACUCGUUUCUGUAAAGUUAGUCAAGCUAGCAUAGCUCGAUAAUUAGCUUUUGCGUUCAGGGUCCGAACAGAAAUGGAUACGCGGAUAUCGGAGCUUUUCGGGACAGGUUCCGUUUUUAAACCCGGUGCUGCUCCAGGAACCGGUUCGGCUUCAAAUAACGCCGCGGCAGUGGCUCUGAAAAAGGCGCCGACGAAAAAUGGUAAAAAAGCAAAGAGCCGCUCGGUCCGAUAUCCCAAAUCGAGCAAUUAUCCGCCUUAUCUACCUCCAGAGGCUGAAGAGGGAAAUAUAGAGUACAAGCUGAAGCUCGUGAACCCCACACAGUAUCGCUUCGAGCACCUGGCCACACAGAUGAAGUGGAGGUUGCAGGAAGGCAGGGGAGAGGCCGUGUAUCAAAUCGGCGUGGAAGACAACGGUUUGCUGGUCGGAUUAUCCGAGGCCGAUAUGAGAGCGUCGCUCCGGACCCUCCACAUGAUGGCUGAGAAGGUGGGUGCUGACAUCACAGUUCUCAGAGAGAGGGAGGUGGACUAUGACUCGGACGAGACACGAAAAAUCGCAGAAGUUCUCGUCAGGAAAGUGCCAGAUGACCAGCAGUUCCUGGACCUACGGGUAGCUGUGCUGGGUAAUGUGGACUCGGGGAAAUCCACUCUCCUGGGCGUGCUCACUCAAGGGGAGCUGGAUAAUGGCAGGGGCAGAGCACGAUUAAACCUCUUCAGGCAUCUCCAUGAGAUUCAGACCGGCAGGACCUCCAGUAUCAGCUUUGAGAUCCUGGGCUUUAACAGCAAAGGAGAGGUGGUGAAUUACAGCGAGUCACGGACAGCAGAGGAAAUUUGUGAGAGCGCCUCGAAAAUGAUAACCUUCAUAGACUUGGCUGGUCAUCAUAAAUAUCUAAAAACUACCAUCUUCGGCCUCACCAGCUAUUGCCCCGACUUUGCCAUGUUGGUGGUCAGUGCAAACACUGGUAUCGUGGGCACCACGAGGGAGCACCUUGGUCUGGCCAUGGCUCUGAAGGUGCCAAUCUUCAUCGUGGUCAGUAAGGUGGAUCUGUGCACAAAAGCUACAGUGGAGAGAACUGUACGUCAGCUGGAGCGCGUCCUCAAGCAGCCUGGGUGCAACAAAAUUCCACUCGUGGUGAAUUGCGAGGACGAUGCAGUCACGUCAGCCCAGCAGUUUGCGCAGUCUCCCAGCAUCACGCCGAUCUUCACGUUGUCCAGCGUGUCGGGGGAGAACCUAGAGCUGCUCAAGGUGUUCUUUAACAUCCUGCCUCCCCUCAGCAACACUAAAGAACAGGAGGAGCUCAUGCAGCAACUCGCCGAGUUCCAGGUUGAUGAGAUCUAUACCGUGCCUGAUGUUGGGACUGUAGUAGGUGGAACUCUUUACAGCGGUAUCUGCCGAGAGGGGGAGCAGUUAGCGGUAGGGCCGAUGGACGACGGCCAGUUCCGCGAUCUCACGGUGUGCAGCAUCCAGAGAAACCGCUCAGCAUGCAGAGUGCUUCGAGCGGGACAGGCAGCUACACUGGCACUCGGCGAGUUCGACCGCUCGUUAUUACGAAAGGGAAUGGUGAUGGUGAGUCCGGAGAUGAAUCCCACGAUCUGCUGGAUGUUUGAAGCUGAGAUUGUACUGCUUUUCCAUGCUAAGACUUUCCACAAGGGCUUCCAGGUGACUGUGCAUGUGGGCAACGUAAGACAGACAGCCACAGUGGAGGCUCUGCAAGGGAAGGAGGAGCUGCGCACAGGUGAGAAAGCAGUGGCACGAUUCAAGUUCAUCAAGCAUCCAGAGUACCUCAAAGUGGGAGCCAAGCUGCUUUUUAGACAUGGAGUUACCAAAGGCAUUGGACAAGUCACCAAACUACAACCAUUGUCUCAGUACCAGCACUAAACAUUAGUCUGUCUUUUUCUUUCUCUCUCUCUCUCUCUCUCUCUCUCUCUCUCUCUCAUAUCUUUGUCUCUUCCAGCUCAGAGGAUACAAGCACAGCCUACCAGAAUACACCAGUUCUUCAGUCAAUCGGAGUCCUUUUUUUGUAACGAGCCCCAAUCUCAUUUUAUACUUCCUUUUACCAAAGCCUUUCCUCCAACGACCUCAAGCCUUUUUUAAAGAGCCUCUUUCUCUUAAAGGAGAUGUGCAGAACCUUUAUUUUAAUAUAAAUUUCUGAGUGGAUAGUAUCUCCAUCCUUGACUCGUGUGUGUGUGUGUGUGUGUGUGUGUGUGUGUGUGUGUGUGUGUAUUUGAGAGUUAAAAUCGACCACGAAGUUGGUAUUCGAGCUGCCCCGCUGAGCCAGCCAGCCCUGAGUGCGUGACAUCACAGCGGUAACCGGUUUUAAAGGAACAGUCCACCGUACUUCCAUAAUGAAA